AUGUCGGCCUGUUGUAGACAUGUUCUGGGUUUGCUCUUAUCCAUCAUUGGCUUUUUAGGGACGAUAUUCAUCUGCGCACUGCCGCUAUGGAAAACCUCAGUCUUCUUUGGUUCAAGCAAUACCGUUUCUCAGAUCCACUUUGAGGGUCUGUGGGAGAUGUGUGUGAUAAGGAGUACAGGCAAUAUGCAGUGCAAAUCCUACGAUUCUAUACAGGACUUACCUAAAGACCUGCAGGAUGCCAGAGUGCUCAUCGUUUUUGCUAUCAUCAUCCAGUUCUGUGGGAUUCUGCUUAGCGUGGUUGGGAGCAAAUGCAUCAACUUUAUACCAGACGCAAGGCGAAAGACCAAAGCGGAUAUAGCUUCUGGAGUCUUGUUACUCAUUGCAGCUAGCUUGGUGGCCCUGCCUGUCUACUGGACCACACACGCCAUCGUUAAGGAUAUGUUCAAUCCUGACCUGACCAACAAUCAAAGAACGGAUCUGGGAGCUUCACUCUACAUCGGCUGGGUGUCCGCAGGACUGCUAUACCUGGGAGGAGCCCUUCUCUGCCGUUCCUUUUUCUGCAGGAAUGAGACAGAAUGUGACGUUAAAUCUGCACAUACUAACACUAAACAACAACGUUCAUCUAGACAGCGUUCUACUAGAAACAAGAAAAAGGUUUCAUGA